GACCAGUAUCAAAUCUACUCACCAAUAGCCAACAGACGUUAAUUUCAAUUACAAAAUUGUUAACUAGUUCUAAGACUUCUGCUGGUCCGAUACAAUUCAAUAACAAUAACCAAUCACUGCUGAUAUCGAAACAGUCGCCAAAUUGUUCACUGAAAUUUUUCUCAACAAAUCGUGUUUUUUCAAAAUUUAUUUUUAGUUAUAAUACAGCAGCUGAUGUUUAUUCAUUGUUCGGUUGGGUGGUAAACAGAAACUUUACUUGUGAUAAGACAUAUCGUACUGUUUCUUCGAAAAAAGGCUUCAGUUACUGUCCGUUAAACGAAUUUCAUAGUGAUCCGUUGAAUAUGGGCUGGCCAUCCGAAUACGAUCAAACAGAAGCGAAUAAGAUGAGCUCUACGAAGAAUGCUGAAUCACGUUCCCAUUUGGAGCACAUGUGUGAAUUGGAUAUUGACACAAAGGUUCCAUUUGUUCGUCUAUCUGGUAUAAUUUGUACAAUUGGACCGGCAUCCAAGUCUCCGGAAAUGUUGGAGAAAAUGAUCGGAUGUGGCAUGAACAUCGCUCGAUUGAAUUUCUCCCAUGGAUCGUACGAAUACCAUGCCGAAACAAUUAAAAAUAUCCGCAUUGCGGCUAAGAGCUACUCGCAAAAAUUGGGUUUGGACUAUCCGUUGGCUAUUGCUUUGGAUACCAAGGGACCCGAAAUUCGUACCGGUCUAUUGGCUGGCAGUGGAACAGCUGAAGUUGAAUUGAAAAAAGGCGAGACCAUCAAGUUAACUACGAAUAAAGAUUUUGCCGAGAAAGGAGACAUCAACACCGUAUACGUCGACUAUGCAAAUAUCGUCAACGUUGUUAAACCAAAUAACCGGAUCUAUGUCGAUGAUGGUCUCAUUUCAUUGAUCGCCAAAGAAGUAACCGGUGACACGAUUGUUUGUACCAUCGAGAAUGGCGGUACAUUAGGUUCACGCAAAGGUGUCAAUUUGCCGGGCGUACCCGUCGAUCUUCCAGCCGUUUCCGAAAAAGACAAGGCAGAUUUGCAAUUUGGUGUCGAUCAGGAAGUGGACAUGAUUUUCGCUUCGUUCAUUCGUAAUGCUGAUGCAUUGAAAGAAAUCCGAGGCGUGUUAGGCGAAAAGGGCAAGAAUAUCAAAAUCAUUUCGAAGAUUGAAAAUCAACAAGGCAUGCAAAAUUUGGAUUCGAUUAUUGAAGCGUCCGAUGGUAUUAUGGUAGCUCGUGGAGAUUUGGGUAUUGAAAUUCCACCAGAAAAAGUCUUCUUGGCACAGAAAUGCAUGAUCGCGAAGUGUAAUAAGCAAGGAAAACCAGUUAUUUGUGCCACACAGAUGCUCGAGUCUAUGGUAAAGAAACCUCGUGCAACUCGUGCCGAAAUUUCUGAUGUCGCAAAUGCAGUCCUCGAUGGUGCCGAUUGUGUUAUGUUAUCCGGUGAAACUGCUAAAGGCGAAUAUCCACUCGAAUGUGUCUUGACAAUGGCAAAAACAUGCAAAGAAGCCGAAGCUGCAUUAUGGCAACGAAAUCUGUUUUCCGACUUAGUAUCGAAUGCACCAACACCAUUGGAUGCUGCACAUGCCGUAGCUAUUGCAACAGUUGAAGCUGCCGCCAAGGUUGCUUCAACCGCAAUUAUUGUCAUUACAACCAGCGGCCGAUCAGCUCAUUUAAUUUCCAAAUACAAACCAAAGUGUCCCAUCAUUGCCGUUACCCGAUAUCCACAAACUGCUCGACAAUGUCACUUGUACCGUGGCAUUUUGCCGUUAUCCUAUGCAGAACCACCAUUGGGCGAUUGGUUGAAGGAUGUUGAUGCACGCGUUCAGUUCGGUUUACAAUUCGGUAAACUGCGUGGAUUCCUCAAAACUGGUGACCCAGUUGUCAUUGUGACCGGAUGGAAGCAGGGAUCUGGAUUUACAAACACCAUGCGCAUUGUAAACAUCGAAUAAACAGAACUGGAAUAUUUAGAAACCAAGGAGAGAAAAUCAUUCAUGAAAUGAUUAAACAAUAAGAAAUUCAUCCUUAUGCAACUGGAACUUAUUUACGGAUCACAUCCGGUCAAUAAUAUUCUAUUUUACUAUUUAGUUGUUAAAAUAAAAUAUCAGAAAAUGAAAAGAAAAAUUGUUAAAAUUUGAAAACCUUCUAGUUUUUUGGCAAAUUUAAUGACAUUUUUUGUUGUGUUAAUCGAUAAACCGCACGUAGAUAGGACAGUGUUUAUUGAUCUUUUGUUGGUUCUAAUUUAGUUUUGUAGACUUAUCAUUCUUGUGUAAGUUCAAGAAAAACAGGAAAUAUUAAUUUAUUCGAAAUAGAAUACUUACAGAAAAACAAUAAUUUUAAGUUAAAA